AUGGCUGGACGAUAUAGGAUUGUUGAAUCUAUCCUUUCCGUUGAUGACAUAACUCAAAGAUGUCACAAUCUGCGAGACAUUAUUAUCAUAACGAGUAACGCGGAUUCAACAAACCAAUUCCUGGCAUCUGUGGGAUUGAUCCACAAUUCGCCGGAAUGCUGUAAGGAGCGGAUGAACCUUGCAACGCGCAGUACAGUAGCUGAUGUGAAAUUGUGGAGGUGUACUGUUUGCAGGCAAUUUCGUAGCAUUAGGCGAGGCUCGUUUUUCUCGGAUUCCCGUCUAACAUUGACUCGUCUCCUAGAGUUGAUGUAUUACUGGGCCAAAAUUGAUUGUAAACAGAGUGUUGUGAUGAAUGAAGUUGGAAUUGGACCAGAAGCAAUUGUCAACUGGUACAAUUCCUUCCGCGAUGUUUGUGCUAUGUGGUGCUUUGACCACCCUGUGCAACUUGGAGAAGAUGUAGAGAUCGACGAAUCCAAGUUCAUGCACAGGAAACAUCAUCGUGGAAGUUAUCAAGAAGGGCAUUGGGUUCUUGGAAUGGUUGAACGGGAAAGUCUGAGAUGUGUCUUAGUUCCUGUGGAAAACAGAAGUUCAGCAAUAUUGUUGCCUAUUAUUACCCGCCAUGUUUUGCCAGGAACUAAGAUUAUCACAGAUUCCCGGAGAGCAUAUAACAGCCUACCAAACCAUUCCACUGUCAACCACAGUAUCACCUUUGUGGAUUCCAACGAUGCCUCAAUCCACACAAACACCGUGGAAGGGAUGUGGAGUAACGUGAAAUCAAAUUAUCGGAGGAUGCAUGGACGUUCGAUAAAUUGUUUUCAACAUACUUCUGUAGAGAACGACCGUGCGAACCAAAGGAGAUGGCGACAAACGGGAGAGGCUCCUUUUAACGCUUCACACGGUCGACAUAAAACAUGCAAUAUAACAUAA